AUGCCUAGAAAGGCUGUGCUUCUGAAGUCCUUGAGUCGUGGGCGGAUAAGAACUUCAUUUAACAAAUAUAACCUUUUCAAUCUGUACAAAAAGGGCAAUGUCGAUUUCAGAUCCAAAACUUUAUACCAGCAGAAAUGGACAGCAAAACAAGAAACGAGAGCGUACCAUGGUGAGCAUUUGACCGAGGGCCGUUGGCAAACUUUUUUCACGCCAAAACUGCAUUCCGUUGCUCAAUUGGACGCUUCCUUACGUGGUGGUGAGAUGCAGCCUACGCCCAUUUUGAUUCAAACGUUUGCCGUGCUUGAAAAGCGGUUAGAUUUUGCUCUGUUUAGGGCGAUGUUUGCGUCUUCGGUGAGACAGGCCAGACAAUUCAUUUUGCAUGGAAAUGUGCGUGUGAAUGGUGUCAAAAUCACACAGCCUGGAUAUACAUUAAAGGCAGGUGAUGUGUUCAACGUCAACCCAGAAAAAGUUCUUCAAGCUUUGGGCGCGAAGAAACCGGGGUUUCAGGAAGCACUCAAAGUCGAUCGGGUCCAAGUCGCGGUUUGGAACAAGUACGUGAAAGAGGCCAAGUCAUCGCCUCGGCAGAUGUGGGAAAAGAAACAGGACAAGCUUAGAUCCCUGGAAGAUUCCAGUCCCAAGAAGCAGGAGUAUCUUGAGUUCUUGCAAAAUUAUAACGCUACUUUGACUUCCAGAAUGGAAAAAGAGAUCAAAAACUGUACUAAGGAAUCGGUUGUAACGAAACUUAUCCAGGCUGGGACGUCGGCUUCUGAUCCAGAUUCACCACUUGCAGAGGAUUUCCAACCUCAAUUCUAUGGAGACAGCGUCUUGGGCAAAAUGGCGCUACGCUGCUACCAGGAUUUGCUGAAGUCUGGUCAGUUGCCAGUCAGAGAUAUAAAGGGGAAGAAGCAGGCGGAAGUGGAGAAGAUUGCACGAAGCCUUCUCAAUCCAACCGAAGAAUCACAAAAGAGUUUGUCAGACGGCGCCAAAAAAUCUUUGAGAGCAGCCAAAAAUACAGUGUCGGAGCUUUUAGCAUCGCAGGACGACUACGUAAGAAAGCUUUACGAAUCAAAAAGAGCGAGCGAGCAAACGCUUUCUAUUCCUUUCGAUUCUAAGUGGGCGUCAAGACUUUCAACUCUUGCUCCAUUGAAUUUGAAGGAGUUGGGAGAAGAUGAAAACAAGGCAAGAAAUGCUAUACAUCUGCCAUGGCAGAAGGGUGUGUUUGGACGUCAAGAUCCUUCGAGAUCUUAUUUUACUCCUUGGAAACCUAGACCAUUCCUUGCACCAUUUGCAAUUCUUCCUCAUCACCUGGAAAUAUCCUUCAAAACAUGCCAUGCCGUUUACCUGAGAGAUCCUGUGGCGCGCCCUGGCCACUCGGAAGUCAUUUCUCCCUUUGGCAUGCCAACUCACGAGCGUGCUUACAUGUACUACGUGAGAAGAGGUAAAUAA